UACUGUAGCAACCCAAAAGAUAUUUCUUGUUUUUUGUACACUUUUAUUACUCAGUCAUAAAAUAUUGCUUUUUGUUUUAAUGCCGACUCUACGGCCAUUAUGAACUGCAUCCGGCUCACCACUUUUCUCCACGGUGAGUUCCGGCACUGACGUACGCUCUCGUCGCUUCAUUCGUUUUCGUUCGAUUGUAGCCUUCCGCGAAUACAAUCCGUUGUGUCCGUCUUUCUGGUUUUCUGGCAUCCCUACCAGCGCGAGAACACUCUCGGACUAGUAUAGACUAGUCCUAUAAAUUGGUGACCCCGAUUCGCACGCGCGAAUCUUCAACUUUUUUGAUCGUCUCGUUUUCGGUGAGUUCGUUCCGAGUUGUUUUUUUUUCAUAAUCCCUGGUGGAUUGUUUUCCGUCCAUUUCGUUUUUAAAACCAUUCGUGUUAUUUAUAUACUAUGUCUGACGCUGAUGUAAAACCCGGAUCGGGCGGCAGCAUGAAUUUGCUCACCUUGGCUGUUCCGGAUUUUAUGGCACACAAGCCCAACGUCUGGUUCGCCAUUUUUGAGAUAGAGUUAGAAAACAGAGGGAUCUCUUCCGACCAAGCUAAAUACAACCAACUCGUCCCACGCCUUCCGCAACAGGUGGUGACAUUGGUCGAAGACGUACUGCUUCAUCCACCUAAAGACGGUAAAUACGAAGCAAUGAAGCAGUUGAUUCUAAAGGAGUCGCAACCCAGCGCUCGUGCUCGAUUGGAGCAACUCUUUCAUAGCACUAAGCUAGGCGAUCGCAAGCCUUCGGUUUUGCUCCGCGAUAUUCAACAGAUUGCUGGCCCUUCGUACAUGAGUGAAGAGGCAUUAAAAGAAUUGUGGCUCUCACGUUUACCUGAUCCUCUUCCUUUAAUGCUCGUAGCAAAUCCAAAUAGAUCACUCAAAGAGUUGGCCAUAACCGCGGACGCAGCCUUUGAGAGAAUCCCUCAAAACAUGAAGGCAUCCAGCAGCAUUUUCGUCACAUUAGCGGAUAAAGACUUGAAUGCAAAAGCGCCCGCGCAAGCAGACCCCAGAGACGAAGAGAUAGCCGCGCUUCGCCGUGAAUUAGCAACCGUGCAGUUAGAAAGACAAGGCUUGCUAAGACCGCACGCUGACCACGAAAUUGCCGCCGUUCGUCACGGUGCCUAUCAGCCCCGACCCCCACCGUACAGAUCCAGGUCACCGCGCAGACGCAGUCCAUCACCCCCUCGCAGCCGAACCCGAAGUGCCAAUUUAAUCGAUGAUUUGUGUUGGUAUCAUCGCCAGUAUGGUGAUAACGCUCGACGUUGCCGUUCACCCUGCGCCAAGCGUGGUGUAGUGGCACAGGGAAACUAGUUCGCCGGCACGUGAAUGCGGCCCACGCGUCCGGCAGCGACAAAACAGGCCGUCUGUUUUACGUCAAGGAUAGGCGCUCUCGCCUCACUUUCCUUAUCGACACAGGAGCCGAAGUGAGCGUUAUCCCUGCCAGCGCGCAUGACAAGCAUACAAAGCCCACGUACAAUUUACGGGCAGCCAACGGCUCGCCGAUAGCUUCAUACGGUCAGCGCAUGAUGAACCUAGAUUUAAAUCUCCGCAGAGACUUUCACUGGGUUUUCACGGUUGCGUCAGUACCUUUCGCAAUUAUCGGCAUCGAUUUUCUUCGCCAUUUCGGAUUGCUUGUCGACGCGGGUCGCAACAGAAUUUUAGAUGAUCAUACGAAACUAAGGGUUGAUGGUGUCCUUUCAGAUGCCCCGAUAAUCAGCCCUGUAUUUCGGAUCGCAGACGCACCGUCCGACUACUUGAGCCUCCUCUCCGAACACCCGCGACUGGUUCGACCGGCUGCAGAGCUUCCACCAGUCACGACAGAGGUCGCUCACCACAUAGUUACGCGCGGUCAACCAGUUAGCGCACGACCAAGACGGCUUGCUCCAGACAAACUACGGGCAGCACGAGCCGAAUUUGACCACAUGCUUCAACUUGGUAUCGUCAGACCGUCCAACAGCCCAUGGGCGUCGCCUCUGCACAUGGUCCCGAAGAAGAUUGUGGGGGACUGGCGUCCUUGCGGCGACUAUCGAUCCUUGAAUACGGUGACCACACCCGAUCGCUAUCCGAUCCCACACAUAGUGGAUCUCACCGCCAGUCUGGCGGGUAAAAGUAUCUUCAGCAAAAUCGACUUGGUACGCGCAUACAACCAAAUUCCGGUAGCCGAAGCGGACAUCGCUAAAACUGCCGUGACGACUCCAUUUGGUUUGUUCGAGUUUCUGCGUAUGCCAUUUGGCCUAAAGAACGCCGCGCAAACUUUUCAGCGUUUCAUCGACCAAGUUUGUCGCGGCUUAGACUUCGCUUACGCGUAUCUUGACGACAUUUUAAUCGCAAGCUCUUCACGAGAAGAGCACAUACGCCACGUACGAACACUUUUUGAUCGUUUAUCUCAACACGGGGUGACGAUCAACGCAGAAAAGUGUUCGUUUGGUGUCGAUUCAGUUAAUUUCCUGGGCCAUCGUAUCUCUUCUGCAGGCGUCGUGCCACUGCAGGAUAAAAUUCAAGCCAUUAUCGACUACCCCGAGCCUCAUUCUUUCAAACAGCUCAGGCGUUUUGAUGGCCUUGUCAACUUUUACCGUCGAUUUAUACCCAACUGCGCCUCUCUGAUGCAACCCCUCACGGACCUUCUCCGAGGGAAACUCAAGACGUUCGAAUUUCCUACCGCAGCACGCGCUGCUUUUAAGUCGCUGAAAGAGGCUAUCGCCAACAUAGCUUCCAUAGCGCAUCACGAUCCGACCGCCCCACUGUCCCUUAGUACUGACGCCUCGGACGUCGCAGUCGGCGCUGUUUUGCAGCAACGCGUAGCCGACACGUGGCAGCCCUUAGCGUUUUUCUCCAAACGCCUACAACCUACCGAAUCUCGCUACAGCACGUUCGGUAGAGAACUACUUGCCGUAUAUCUAGCGAUACGUCACUUUCGACACGUCCUAGAAGGCCGCUCCUUUGUCGUCUUCACCGACCACAAACCCCUAACUUACGUGCUCGGCUCGACUACCGACCGAUACUCUCCUAGAGAGUCGCGCCACCUUGACUAUAUCGCUCAGUUUACGACCGAUAUACGGCAUGUCUCAGGUGUGCACAACGCCGUCGCCGAUGCACUUUCCCGCAUUCAAGCUAUCUCCGCUGACGCCGGCACUGCUAUCGACUUGGCAGCCAUGGCCACAGCACAACUCAACGAUCCUGAGGUUGAUCUACUACGCAGGUCUCCCUCAUUGGAUAUACGACCCGUUCCGCUGACAUCAUCAGACGGAACGAUACUCUGCGAUUUAUCUCUGGGCACGCCGCGCCCAGUCGUCCCACGCGAGUUUCGGCAGACCGUGUUCGACGCGUUGCACGGCUUGUCUCAUCCAGGCGUUCGUGCAUCGGUUAAACUCGUAACCGCACGAUUCGUUUGGCGCAAUGUUAAUCGGGACGUCCGUACCUGGGCAGCUGCUUGCCUUCCGUGUCAACGCGCGAAGGUGCACAAGCACACGAGAAGCCCAUUAGGCACGUUUCCGACGCCAGACGCACGUUUUCAUCACGUGCACGUCGACCUCGUAGGUCCUCUGCCGCCUUCCAAAGGCUCGGUAUAUCUACUGACCUGCAUCGAUCGAUUUACUAGAUGGCCUGAGGCCGUCCCCAUCCCAAAUUGCUCCUCGGAAACUGUAGCGAAAGCUUUUAUGGAGCGCUGGGUAGCUCAAUACGGCUGUCCCGCCAUCGUGACCACCGAUCGAGGGUCACAUUUCUCGUCGACAUUUGCCACGUUGCUUAAGGAUUUAGGCUGUCGCCACGUCCAGACGACGGCGUAUCAUCCGGCCGCUAACGGCAUGGUGGAGCGUUUUCACCGCCAGUUGAAGGCAGCGCUACGUGCGCACGCAGAUCCUUCAUGGUCUGAAACGCUUCCCCUCGUUCUCCUAGGCUUAAGAAACACGGUUAAAACCGAUUUCGACGCCACACCAGCGCAGCUAGUCUACGGUUGCACGCUGCGGUUGCCCGGACAGCUGGUAGCACCAGCCCCAUGUACUUCCACUUUUGACUACGGAAGUUACACUGACCGAUUGGCUCACCAGAUGCGUGAGCUACGUCCACCCGCUCCUCGAUCGCAGAAGACACCAGUGUACGUGCCCGAGAAGCUGUCUACGUGUUCACACGUCCUUCUUCGCGCAGACGGUGUUCGACAGCCUCUUCAGUCGCCGUACAUAGGACCCUUCAAGGUGCUGCAUCGUGCGAGUAAGGCGUACACUAUUGACCGCGGUGGUCGACACGAAGUCGUCACCAUCGACCGUCUGAAACCCGCCUUUAUGGAAGAAACUACCUCGCCUACUUCGUCUAGUAGUGCCUCGUGCGACGUCACAACUCACCGUACCAAUUUUCCGCAUGCUAGUGAAGUCCAACCAGACCACGAUCACGGUCUGCAAGCUUCAGCAGUCCCGACAUCACCCGAACCUAGUCCGCCGCCUCCCACGACCAAUCGCCGUGGUCGGGAGGUACGUAAGCCCGUUCGCUUCUCCGACUAUGUACAGUGUAAAUACUUUUAACUUUGUAGAUAUUGUAUAUAUUUGCCUCAUUUUUGGUCGAUUAACGUUUUGAAAACAAACAAAAAUAUCAAAAACCCCCGAAAAACCUUUUUCGAAAAAAUAUUCAAAAACCAAAAAAUAUUUAAACACGCAGCUCAUUCGUUUGUUCUUUUUGGCGUUUUCUGCGCGUGUUUUUCUAUUUUCUCGUCUUUACAUGCCCCAACCCUCCCCUUCGAUCGACUGGCCCACACGAGGAAUGUUUUCGAGGACCCUGACGCGAACACUGGUCGCUUCUCCGCGGGACGAGGAUCGCUUCUCCGCGGGACGAGGAUCGCUUCUCCGCGAGACGAGGGUCGCUUCUCCGUGGGACCAUGGUCGUUUUCUUCGUGGGACGAGGGUCGUUUUGGCGCGGGGCGGGGUGCGGCGGGGGGAGAGACCACUCCCAAGCGCACCGUUUGGCAGCAGCGGAGGUUGAGGUCCUGUCGGCCUUUUUCUGGACUAGCCAGUUUUUUUGUAGUCCGACAAGCCCGCUCCAACGGCUCGCCGAAAUGCACCCUGCCCUGCAAUCAAUAAAUAAUAAAGACCGGACGGCACAGCGGAUACAAAUUUUCGGCUACAUUUUUUUCGAACCCGAGCAGACUCUUCUUUGUAUACCAGAACCUUUUGCAAACUUGGAUCCACAACCAGUUGAUUUCGAAGGCUUCUUCGUUCAGCCUUCUAGGAGGGGAGCUCUGUAGCAACCCAAAAGAUAUUUCUUGUUUUUUGUACACUUUUAUUACUCAGUCAUAAAAUAUUGCUUUUUGUUUUAAUGCCGACUCUACGGCCAUUAUGAACUGCAUCCGGCUCACCACUUUUCUCCACGGUGAGUUCCGGCACUGACGUACGCUCUCGUCGCUUCAUUCGUUUUCGUUCGAUUGUAGCCUUCCGCGAAUACAAUCCGUUGUGUCCGUCUUUCUGGUUUUCUGGCAUCCCUACCAGCGCGAGAACACUCUCGGACUAGUAUAGACUAGUCCUAUAAAUUGGUGACCCCGAUUCGCACGCGCGAAUCUUCAACUUUUUUGAUCGUCUCGUUUUUCGGUGAGUUCGUUCCGAGUUGUUUUUUUUCAUAAUCCCUGG